AUGCCUCCCGCCUCCGAGAAGUCCAUCGCCCACGAGGUCAAGCAGCGCGUUCCCAGCACCGCUGUCGCCCUCGCCCGCACCCCCGACCAGAUUAUCCUGCGUCUGAACAAACUGCUCGCCAGCCCCGGCGGCCUCAGCGCCUUCCUCUCCACCUUCAACUACACCCUCUACCUCCUCGCCUACCUCGACGCCAAGUCCGCGCCUCUCCAGGCCAAGCUCUACGCCAUCCUGAGCCGCUUCACCGGCCGCCCCGCCCCGCGCCUCGUCUCCUCCGACCCCCUGCAGUCGCCCUUCCGCGCCCUCGGUGCCCUCUUCUCCACCACGCGUGUGACGCUGCGUCUCUUCGGCCUCCUGCCCAUGUACGCCUGGGCGCGCCAGCUCGCCCAAGGCCCCAAGCCCGGCCAGGAUCUCGUCCUGUACACCACCUCUGUGGCCCAGUGCUCGCUGUACAUGGCCUUCCAGUUCCUCGAGAACGUGGCGCUGCUCACCGACCACAAGGUGCUCGCCGACUCCUACACGGCGCGCUGGACGGCGCAGUCCGGCGGCACCACGGCCAAGAUCUACUUGACCGCCUACCGCUGCUGGUUCGCCGGCGUCAUCUGCGACUUUGUCCGUCUCGGCCGCGAGUGGCAGCUGCGCGGCACCGACAAGGACGUCUCCGCCGAGUCGGAGCGCGAGCGCGAUGCCAAGUGGUGGAGCGAUUUGGUCGUCCCUGCCAGCUGGACCCCUGUUGCCAUGCAAUUCACCACCGAGGGUGGCCUGCCCUGGUUCAACUUGGGCAUCAUGGGUGCUUGUGGUGCCAUGGCCGGCUUGUCGCGGACUGCUGGCCUGUGGGAGGCCACUAAGUAG